GGGAAGAGGCGGGGCGCCGGGGCCCCGCCCCCAGAAGCCGCGGCCCAGCUGCUCUGCUGUGCCGCGCGGGGCUGCGUCCGUACCAGCGGGGCCGCAGGGAGGCUUUAGGCCGAGAGCUCAGGCAGCUGCCCUGCGGGCCUGGAGCGGCUGUCUGUCUCUCCACCUCCACACGCAUGCGCCCACCUGUCCAUGCAGCUGAGGCCUGACCCCGAGCAUCCCUGCAGAGUGAGGAGGGGCUAGAACAUGCUCUGGAGGCCUCGGCGACAGACCCAGCGCACCGUGAGCUGAGCCCACACUCGGAAGCACCCCGCCCGCCUGCCCACCAUGGCCUCCGCAGACAAGAAUGGCGAGAGCGUCUCCUCUGUGUCCGGCAGCCGCCUGCAGAGCCGGAAGCCGCCCAACCUGUCCAUCACCAUCCCGCCGCCCGAGACCGCGGCCCCUGAUGAGCACGCCAGCAUGCUGCCCCAGAGGCCCAGGAACCCCGCCUUCCUGAAGAGCGUCAGCCUGCAGGAGCCCCGGGGACGAUGGCACGAGGGCUCCGAGAAGCGCCCCGGCUUCCGCCGCCAGGCCUCCCUGUCUCAGAGCAUCCGCAAGGGCACCGCGCAGUGGUUCGGGGUCAGCGGCGACUGGGAGCUGGAGCGGCAGCACUGGCAGCGCCGGAGCCUGCACCACUGCAGCGUGCGCUACGGCCGCCUCAAGGCCUCGUGCCAGCGCGACCUGGAGCUCCCCAGCCAGGACGUGCCUUCCUUCCCGGACACCGAGUCUCCGAAGCCCUGCAAGAUGCCCAAGAUUGUGGACCCGCUGGCCCGAGGCCGGGCCUUCCGCCACCCGGACGAGGUGGACCGGCCCCACGCCCCACACCCACCGCUGACCCCCGGGGUCCUGUCGCUCACCUCCUUCACCAGCGUCCGCUCUGGCCACCUCCCCCGCCGGAAGAGGAUGUCUGUGGCCCACAUGAGUUUUCAAGCUGCCUCUGCCCUCCUCAAGGGGCGCUCGGUGCUGGAUGCCGCUGCGCCGCGGUGCCGGGUGGUCAAGCGCAGCUUCGCCUACCCCAGCUUCCUGGAGGAGGAUGCAGUCGACGGGGCAGACACAUUUGACUCCUCGUUUUUUAGUAAGGAAGAAAUGAGCUCCAUGCCCGACGACGUGUUUGAGUCUCCCCCACUCUCCGCCAGCUGCUUCCGGGCGAUCCCGCGCUCGGCCUCCCCCGUCUCCCCCGACGGGGUGCAGGUCUCUCUGAGGGAGUACGGCCGCACCCCAGUGCCGGUGGCCAAGCGUGGCAAGCGCAUCGCCUCCAAGGUGAAGCACUUUGCCUUCGACCGGCAGAAGCGGCACUACGGCCUGGGCGUGGUGGGCAGCUGGCUGAACCGCCGCUACCGCCGCAGCAUCAGCAGCACGGUGCAGCGGCAGCUGGAGAGCUUCGACAGCCACCGGCCCUACUUCACGUACUGGCUGACGUUCGUCCACAUCAUCAUCACGCUGCUGGUGAUCUGCACGUACGGCAUCGCGCCCGUGGGCUUCGCCCAGCACGUCACCACCCAGCUGGUGCUCAGGAACAAAGGUGUGUAUGAGAGCGUGAAGUACCUGCAGCAGGAGAACUUCUGGAUCGGCCCCAGCUCGAUUGACUUGAUCCACCUGGGAGCCAAGUUCUCGCCCUGCAUCCGGAAGGACCAGCAGAUCGAGCAGCUGGUGUUGCGGGAGCGAGACCUGGAGCGGGACUCGGGUUGCUGCGUCCAGAAUGACCACUCGGGCUGCAUCCAGACCCAGCGGAAGGACUGCUCGGAGACUUUGGCUACUUUUGUGAAGUGGCAGGAUGACAUGGGGCCCCCGAUGGACAAGUCCGAUCUGGGCCAGAAGCGGAUGUCAGGCGCCGUGUGCCACCAGGACCCCAGGACCUGCGAGGAGCCGGCCUCCAGUGGUGCCCACAUCUGGCCUGAUGACAUUACCAAGUGGCCAAUCUGCACGGAGCAGGCCAGGAGCAACCGCACGGGCUUCCUGCACAUCGACUGCCAGAUCCGCGGCCGCCCCUGCUGCAUCGGCACCAAGGGCAGCUGUGAGAUCACCACUCGGGAGUACUGUGAGUUCAUGCACGGCUAUUUCCAUGAGGAGGCGACGCUCUGCUCGCAGGUGCACUGCUUGGACAAGGUGUGCGGGCUGCUGCCCUUUCUCAACCCCGAGGUCCCGGACCAGUUCUACAGGCUCUGGCUGUCUCUGUUCCUCCACGCCGGCCUGGUGCACUGCUUCGUGUCCGUGGUCUUCCAAAUGACCAUCCUGCGGGACCUGGAGAAGCUGGCCGGCUGGCACCGCAUCUCCAUCAUCUUCAUCCUCAGCGGCAUCACCGGCAAUCUCGCCAGCGCCAUCUUCCUCCCGUACCGGGCAGAGGUGGGCCCAGCGGGGUCGCAGUUCGGCCUCCUGGCCUGCCUCUUCGUGGAGCUGUUCCAGAGCUGGCAGCUGCUGGAGCGGCCCUGGAAGGCCUUCCUCAACCUGGCGGCCGUGGUGCUCUUCCUGUUCGUGUGCGGCCUGCUGCCCUGGAUUGACAACAUCGCCCACAUCUUCGGCUUCCUCAGCGGCCUGCUGCUGGCCUUCGCCUUCCUGCCCUACAUCACCUUCGGCACCAGCGACAAGUACCGCAAGCGCGCCCUCAUCCUGGUGUCGCUGCUGGUCUUCGCCGGCCUCUUCGCCUCGCUGGUCAUCUGGCUCUACGUCUACCCCAUCCACUGGCCCUGGAUCGAGCACCUCACCUGCUUCCCCUUCACCAGCCGCUUCUGUGAGAAGUACGAGCUGGACCAGGUGCUGCACUGACCCCCCGCCGGGCCGGCCGGGCGAGGCUGCCGCCUGCAGCACCACCGACGACACAGGGCCUGAGCCUGAGGCACAAGGGCCGAGCCUGGGACAUGGGGGCCGAGCCUGGGACAUGGGGCCCGAGCCUGGGACAGGGGGGCCAAGCCUGGGGCGGGCUGCCUGCCUGCAGAGCGCCCCACCCACACUCCAGAGACCCACCGACAGGGCGCCCAGGCCCUGGUGCCGGUUCAGAGAUGGUCACACAGGCGGGUUCCCCAGGGGAUGAGGUGCCCCUUGGGCGUUCCUGGUCUGGCUGGGGCGCACCCUUGAGCACCUCCUUCUCCGCAGCUCAGGGCCCAGGCCCCGACUUACCCUGCUGUCAGGACCCCCAUCUCCCACCGCAGCCUCUGCUGAGUGCUGGGGCCUCUUCCACCGUGACUGUGCGCGUGCCCUUACCGGGGACGUGGCCAGGCGGCCCACCGGGUUCCCACCCCUGCCUCACCACGACCCCCUCCCUGUUCCUCCUCCCCUCUCUGCCCUACCAGCCCCUUCCUCAGUGGCUGCUGGGUCUGCCAUCAGGUGACCGGGUGUGGGAGAGGCUUUGGCCGUGGCCUAGGGCAGAGCAGCCGCAUGGAGACAGGGAGCGGGAGCCUUGGCGCUUUGCAGCGACCAGAGCCUGUGCCGCCCGCCCCUCACCCCGCCCGUCGUGUCUGCCUCAGGGGCUGCCUCUGACAACAGCGGCCCCCCACCAUCUGCCGGGGCGGGGGCUGGGCCACCCCGAGGACCCGCUCCCAAGGUUGCCUGGGGCUCAGUCAGGGCGUCUGUUACCCGUUUAUAGUUUGGUCCUAAUUUUUAAAGUAACGCUAACUUUGUAUGGAUGAUGUCUGGGUGUAUUAAAUGAUACUUUUCAGGGAACGUC